AUGAGUUUACAAGCACUUCAAGAACUUCCUAAAGAAAAAAUUUUCCUCGGCAUAAAGGGGGUUCAAUUUUUACUUCUGUUUAUAAAUGUUAUAGUGGAAAUCGUGCAAGUCGCCGCCUACACUUCUUUGUCUAGUAGUUAUUAUGGAUAUGGAUCUUUAUUUAAACGUUAUUAUUCAGAUUAUUCAGAUUAUUAUCCAUCUUCUCCAUCUCAUAAAUCUGUUGAGAGUCCAGUUACAACAUAUUUUACAGAUGCCACAAAUGGCAAAGGAGGCGCGUCAAUAUGGGUAUACCUUAUUUUGUUAAUUACAUUAGGAUAUGUUAUCGGAUAUGCUGUAAUGUUUAAAAACAAGAUUUGGGUCAAACGAAGCGAAAUUCAUUUUAUAGCAUUCGAUGCUGCCUUUGUAAUUUUAUGGAUCACCGAAGUAUUCACUAAUCUCGUUUGGGCAUACAAAGGAAGGCAUAAUUUGUGUUAUGUCGUUAACGAAAAUUCUUAUAUUAUGCCUGCAGGUCCUAGAAAUCUCUGUAAUGCUUAUACUGCUUCCAAUGUAAUUGGAUGGAUGAUCUUAAUUUCAUUCAUUUUGGCCACAGGAUAUUCUUGGAAAGUUUAUAAUGAAGAAAAGAUUGCAGCAGCAAAUCCAACAGAUCAAUUUGGUAAUAAUAAUAUGACUUAUAUUCCUCAACAACCACAACCAUCACAAUAUGCUCAAGAGCAACAACAAUUCGAGCAAAUACAAUUAAAACAAUAA